UUGAAUGAUAACAUUUUGUUUUCAGAUAUAUUUGGUUAUGAUUGAUUCAUGCUAAUCCUUAUGGAUUUAUGCUUAUAUUUUCACAAUGAAAAAUCUUUGAUUGCGGCUUCUUAUUAUUCUUAUUGUGGCUUCUUGUUACAUGUUCAAGAAUGAAAUUUAAUUUUAAUGUUUUCAGUUACACCAAAAAGACUCGUAGCCAAAUUAUAAUUCGUGCUUUUGUAUCACUUGCAUGUUUAGUAAUUGGUAUAUGGAUAGGAUAUGCCAUCGGUAAAAAUAAAACUCCACCUAUUACAAAGUUACCAUCUGUUGCUAAAUUAUCACGAGCUCAAGAAACCGAAAGAAUCAUUCACCAUCGCAUUAUCACCGAUAGCAUGAGUAAUAUGAAGAUUCGAGAUAAUUUAAAAUAUUUAACUGAACUGCCUCACCUACCUGGUUCGGAGAGAAACAAAGUUUUAGGUCAAGAAAUUGCUAAACAAUGGGAAGAGUCUGGGUUUGAUAAAGUUGAUGAGUAUAAGUAUAAUAUCUAUCUGCCAUCCCCAAAUAAACCUGGAGUCAUAUAUGCUCUAAAUGAAGAUGGUUCAGUUGAAAAAAAUAUUACUAUUAAUAAUGAACCUGCUUUUUUUGAUUCGGAGAAAAAAGGAGAUGUUGUCUACCCUUUUAAUGCAUUUGGUACAAGUGGUGAAGUUAUUGCACCUAUUGUAUACUGUAACUAUGGUGAACAAAAAGAUUUUGCAGAGUUGGAAAAACUUAACAUUAGCUUGAAAGGAAAAAUACUAUUGUUUAGAUAUGGAAAAGCUUCCAGAAGUGCAAAGGUUCUUCAGACUGAAUUACGAGGAGGUGUUGCUGCAAUUAUAUUUUCAGAUCCUUAUGAAAAUAGUAAACCAGGAGAUAUAUAUCCUAAUGGUUUCACUGGAAAUAAUUACUCUAUACAAAGAGGAACUGCAAAUAGAAUCAAUGGCGAUUCUUUAUCAGAAGGAUAUCCAUCAAAAGAUGGAUAUUUUCGAUUGAGUGAAGCCAAAUAUAAUACACUUAGCAAUGUAAAAAUUCCAUCACAACCCAUAUCAGAAGAUCACGCAAACCAAUUAUUUAGGUAUUUUAAAGAUGAUUCGGUUCCUGUUCCAGCCUCAUUUAUUGGCAAACUGCCAAAAUAUGUUUUGCAAUCUGGCAGAAAUUUUAGUUUGUUAACAGACAUAAAAUUUGAAACAAAAUCUUCAUACACAUAUUGUGGAACAAUAUAUGGAGAAAUUGAACCAGAUCGUUAUGUGCUUUUGGGUAAUCAUCGAGAUGCAUGGAUAUAUGGAGCUGCUGAUCCAUCAAGUGGCACUGCAGCAAUAAUGGAAAUUGGUCGUGCUUUAGGAAGCUACAAAAAAGAAAAAAACUGGAGGCCACAAAGAAGCAUAAAAAUAUGCAGUUGGGGUGCAGAGGAACCAGGUGUACUAGGAUCUUAUGAGUGGGCUGAUGAGCACAGACAAUUUCUCAUGAAUAAUGUUGUUUUGUAUAUUAAUGUUGACAUGGCUGUUGAAGGUAAUUUCAGUGUUCGUUUACGAGCUUUGGAUUAUUAUGCUAAGAAUGUUUUUGAUGCAUCUAAAAAUCUUGCUUCAGCUGAUAAUCCAAAUAAAACUUUGUAUCAAGAUUGGAUUGAGAAGUCUGCACAACUGCUAAAAAAGCCAUUAUCAGAUGUUAAAGAACCAAAGAACGAUAUGAUUACAUCAGGAAGCGAUUAUAAAGCAUUGUGGCAUCUUUAUGGCGUUGCUAGUGGUGACUUUCGUUAUUAUUUUAGUAGAAUUGAUUAUCCAUUGCUCUCUCAAAAUGCGCAAUAUCAUACACGUUACGAAAGCUUUGAUUGGAUGACCAAGUUUGUUGAUCCUAAUUUUAAAUAUCACUUAACUAUUGGUCGAUUAAUGCUCGGAUCUGCACUAUUAGCAUCCGAUAAAAUCAUUGUUCCUCUUUUUGUUGUGGAUUAUGUAAAUCAAGUCAAGUUUUUUUUAAAUAAAUUUAACCAAUCAUAUGCAACUAUACUUUCAAAGCAGGGAAUUUCGUUAGACUUUGCUAAAGCCAAAUCAGAGGAACUCCUUCGUAAAGCAGAGAGAUUUCAAUCGUAUGUCGAUAGCUUAAGCGAAAAAGAUCUAUCAAAUCCUUAUGUUGUUCGAAAAAUCAACGACAAAAUAAUACAUUUUGAAAAAAACUUUCUUGUUCAAAAUCUUAUCAGACGUGUUGGUGUGGCCCACGUAGUAUACGCCGACACCUCCUUUAAACUCAAAGAUGAGAAGUUUCCUGGAAUCGGAGAGGCUAUAUAUUUUGCUUCAAAAAAUACAACAGACGAUUGGGAUUCGGUUCGCAAACAAAUUACUAUGCUUGUCUGGUGUUUUGAUACCGCUAAUAUAUCUUUAGAUUUAGAUAUUGUAAAAUAAUUUUUUUUAUUCAAUUGUUUUUAUAAA